UAUGGGCCCAUUCUUCAGGUUGCGGCUCUAGAGUGCAACUGUGUAGUUGUUCCCGUAAUUAGUUAUUCCUCGCUUGAUCGCACAGAUUAGUUAAGAACGCAAGAACUGGGGCCGAUAUUGGUGGUGUGGUGUGCACGUCUAUUUCUACCCACGAGUCCAGCAAGAAAACCCAGCAAAUCUAUGAACGUCAUCGCAGAAUGAGCUUUACGACAGUGCGUUCCCAAUCAGCUGUGAUAUAAUGUUUUCGUAUUUCUUCAGAAGAAAUGUUUUCAAGUAUGUACCCGGGGCAAGGAUGACGUCAAACAUUAAGAUUGACAUGAAAACCGUGGACUUAAAAGCUCUAACAGGCUCCAUCAUUGAAUACAAGGAGACGAGCCACGGAGAGAGCAAACUGAAAACCUUCUGCUCCAUCUACAAGCAGGGAACAAAAGGUGAAAGAUAUGCAUUCCUGCAGCACCUGGCAAAGGAGUUCUACAUAAACAGGGACCGGUUUGAGUCUGCAGUUAGGCACUACCUGGACACCCGUGUGGAGGAAUCUGCCUUCAGGCUCCGAGACGAAGAACGUCUGAGCACCCUCCUCACGCCAAAGUACCUCUCGUUCUUCCACAUCCUUGGCCGAAGUGAAGGCGGAGUGAAGUUCCUUGUGGACAUGAGAGAAGACCUUCUGGAUCUAAUCUCGUCGUCGCAGCUGGAGAGUCCUUCCUCCUACGACGUUCGACACAUGAAUACCAUUUUGAAGGAACUCUUAUCGCUCUGGUUCACCGUUGGCUUCAUGAAGUUGGAGCGCAUCACUUGGCAGUCUUCCUGCGAGAUGUUACAGAAGAUCUCGGACUAUGAGGCCGUGCACCCCGUCCGCAACUGGACGGAUCUGAAGCGCCGGGUGGGUCCGUACCGGCGUUGCUAUGUCAUCACCCACAGCUGCAUGCCAGGUGAACCCAUCGUGGUGCUUCACACGGCGCUCACCAACUCCAUCUCGGCCUCCAUCCAGAGGAUAAUUGUGGGCUAUAAGCCGGAUCGGGCUGAGUCUCAGGCAUCCGACGAAUGGGAAGACGACAAGGUCAUCAAGGCGGCCAUUUUCUACUCAAUCUCUUCCACUCAGAAAGGUCUGCAGGGCAUAGAGCUGGGCAAGUACCUUAUCAAGGGGGUCGUGAAAGAAGUCAAGGCAGAGUUUCCCCACAUCCAGGAUUUCUCUUCCCUCUCACCCAUCCCCGGCUUCAAGAACUGGCUUGUUUCGGAAGUCCACAAGGUCAUCAAAGGCCAGCCGGAAAGCAGGAAGCUCCUAAAUCAGCGUGAGCUCGAGGAGAUUGUGGCACCAUACCGGGAAGACAGGGAACCGCUUGAGGCUUUCCUGAGGCUGCUCAGGAACAAUGGCUGGUACCAGGUACCAGAGCUGGUGCAGCGGUUGGAGGCACCCCUCAUGCGCCUGUGUGCCUUCUACCUCUACCACGAGAAGAGGCGCGGCUAUGCGCUCAACGGCGUUGCAAAUUUCCAUCUAAAGAAUGGUGCUGUAAUUUGGAGACUCAACUGGCUUGGAGACAUCUCUCCAAGGGGACUUUCAGCAUCAUGUUCCAUCAUGGUCAACUACAGGUACUACCUGGAUGAAAUGGAGACGAACAGACAGAAAUAUCUCGAGCAUUUCACUGUCCCUGCCUCGGACAUCUUCCUUGAGCACCUGAAGCCUUUACAGUCCUCGCUAUAAGAGAGGCUGUGGAGUUGCUUUAAAAAUGUUGGACUGCACUUCGUAAUCUCCCGCUUUAUGGACAAUCAGCAAGAGGCAUGACAUGCCAGCUGAAGAACAUAUGAGCCUAAAGGAGAGCACUUCUUGUUGUGCCUGUUGAUGAACUAUAAUAUUUUGAAACCUCUCUGUUGGCUCGAAAAACUAAAGCUUUGUUUUUCUAUACCAUGGAUGAACUUUUAUAGAAUUGUACAUAAAAUGUUUUCUUUU